AUGUCGACCCAGCCUUUGCUUCAGCGCACAGCUUCAAAGCGCAUCGCACUCCCGGUGCGCGUAGAGCCCAAGGUCUCGUUCGCCAACGAGCGUACCUUCUUAUCAUGGCUCCACUUCACAGUUGUCCUCGGUGGCCUUGCGGUUGGGCUGCUGAACUUCGGUGACAAGGUUGGGAGGAUUAGUGCAGCAAUGUUCUCUGUCGUUGCCAUGGCUGUCAUGAUAUAUGCGUUGUAUAUAUAUCAUUGGAGGGCUGCUUCUAUCCGCAGGGGAGGGCGCGGACCUUACGACGACCGACUUGGACCCACCAUUCUAUGCUCCGCACUCCUCAUUGCUAUCAUCGUCAAUUUCGUGUUGCGGUUCACAGAGACGUAAAAAUAUGGUGCUUCUGAUGGUGCUCGAUCUAUUGAAUGAGAUUCAG